CGGAGGUGGCCCGACUACACAGCCAAGUGCGCGCACAUUACCUGCCCCCUGUCUCAAUCAGCUCCACCGUGGAUACCUCUUUGUAAAUUGAGUUCGGCAGUUAAGUGAUAAAUGAAUCUCAAAGACUAAAGCGAAAAUGCGACGAAGGCAGUUGUACAAGUUUGCGGUGUGCGCGUGCGUGCUCGUCUACAUCUACUACGUGUUCGGCGUGCGGGACUACAUCUACGCGCGCAACUUCGACCAGGAGUUCGACUACCCGCUGGCCGGCGACAUCCGGCCCGCGGUGGAGGCCGUGCUGGCGGGCCGCAAGCCGCCGCUCGCGCCCAUCAACUACUACCCGCACCGCUUCCUCACCAACUCCGGCAAGUGCACCACGCUCGAGCGCCUCGACCUCUUCAUCGUCGUCAAGUCCGCCAUGCCCCACCUCGAGCGCCGCGACGCCAUCCGCCGCACGUACGGUCAGGAGAACUUCAUCCCCGGCACCCUAGUAAGGACGCUCUUCUUCCUCGGCGUCGACGCGCCGCCCAAGUCCGACACGCAGCGGCGCAUCGAGGAGGAGAUGGCGCAGCACAGGGACAUCAUCCAGAUCGACUUCCUCGACGAUUACUACAACAACACCAUCAAGACGAUGAUGUCCUUCCGGUGGCUGUACGAGCACUGCGCCGUCGCCGACUUCUACCUGUUCACGGACGACGACAUGUACAUCUCCGUCGGGAACCUGCUCGAGUACGUGCACGAGCGCAGGGGGUCGCGGUCGCGGCCCAGGAACGUGACGCAGAGCGCGCCGGGCGGCGGGAGCGAGCAGGACGGCGCGCUGCUGGCGGGCUACGUGUUCCAGUCGGCGCCGCAGCGGUUCCGGUCGAGCAAGUGGCGCGUGUCGCUGGAGGAGUACCCGUGGAACCGGUGGCCGCCAUACGUGACGGCGGGCGCGUACGUGGUGUGCAACCGCGCCAUGCGGCUGCUGUACGCCGGCAGCCUCUUCGUGAAGCACUUCCGCUUCGACGACGUGUACCUCGGCAUCGUGGCCAAGAAGGUGGGCGUGGUGCCGGCGCACUGCCCGCGUUUCCACUUCUACAAGAAGACGUACAGCCGCGAGGGCUACCGGCGCGUCAUCGCCUCGCACGGGUACGCGGACCCGCGCGACCUCCUCACCGUCUGGACCGAGCAGAACAGCCUCCUGUGAACAUGUGUCUGGUGCAAGUGUAUGUGACUCGAUAGUGAAUGGACUUGACUACUCAUUUUAUAUGUAUUCAGUGAAUCAAUUGUCUAUGUGUAUCACUUGUAUGCUCUCUGCUGUUAGGACUUGGAUGAUUUAGUAUAUAAUUAGCUUGAAGAAAAAUAGGCAAUUGUUAUUUAUUAAACAUUUUCACUCUCAUCAUAUAUGUAGUAAAAGACAUCACAACAAUUUCAUCUUUUUUAAAGUUUUUAACCAACUAUUAUUAGUAAAAGUCAGUAUAAAAAGUACUUUGUAGACUUAAUAAUGGUGUAUAUCUAUAUAUUAAAACUAUUUUAUUAUUGUGUGGUCAUUUUUUCUAUAUUUUUUUUAAAUCUCUAAGUUUUGCAUGACAAAAUCUAUAAUUAAAUGUAAUAAACAUAUAUUUAUGUUUUGAAAUGCUCAAACAAUUAACGGAGAACUCAAAGAUACUGAUUAUAAGUAAAACAUAUUUAGUAUAUGGUCUUAUAUAUAUAGAAACCAUGUUAGUUUCAUUUUUACUUUAUUCAUAAUAAUCAUAUGUACUCACUAAAUAGUAAAAGACAACAGAUGAAAUAGUUAACUCAUUGGAAAGUAUUUAUUUUGUGUGGAUUAUCUGAAUGGGUAGGAAAUAAAUGUCCCCAACUGUAAUGAUGGUUGGUCAAGAAAAUAAGUUUGAGAUUAUUCUUAACUUCUGUCUAUUAACAUAAAUAUAGUGACAAUUACUCUUAAGUAUAAUGUCAAUCUUUUUUAUGGUUGGUUUCUGAGACCAAAAUCUUUGUCCAUAUCGGAAUCCCUGUCAUUAUCUUUGAUAAAAUAGAUAGCGAUAUGUUUUCAAUGGAGAUUUUUAUCUAAGAAACAAACAUUUAGUAUGUAAAUAAUUUAUUAAAAAAAAUUUAGAACAGAAGUGGUUAUCAAGAUCUUGCAAAUAAUAUGACAUAAUGUUUAAUAUUUGUCAUUUUUCAAACAAACUGUUUUUGUUUUUUUAAACUAUAGCAAACAUGCAAAGAAUUAACGUCAUAAAGUUAAACUUUUGUUAUAAGUUAGUGCCCUUCAUAAAGCAAACCAAUAUAAUUAAUAAGUAUCAAAGAUUGUUGAGCAAGAUUGUGUGUUUAACCAUAAUGUAGUUAAUUUAAUAAAAUAUUUCAAAAUGAUUUUAAUUUUUUUUUUAUUUGGCUAUACUUAAAGAUUGGAUUCAAUUAUUGUUUAUGGAUGAUACUGAAAUUGGGCCAAAAAAGUAUUCAUAAAGUCAAACCUGGAUAAGCGAGAAAAAAAACAUAGUUUCUUGGUUCCCGCUUCACAGAGUUUGACUGCAAAUUAAUAAAAAAACGAUUCGAUUUAAUUAACAUAUAAUUAGUGAACCCUCUUGUAUAUAAAAUAACAAUAUAAGUUUAACAAUAUUAAACUUUACUUAAUACCUAUGUAUGGCACCAAACACUUGAGGCCUUAAUCAAAAAGUUUCAGAGUUUAACUCGUUACAAACAUUAAAAUUCACAUUACAUACUAAAAUAUUGCACAAUACAUUUCACACAUUUGUUCGUCAAAUAUAUAUACAGUUUAAUCUGGAUAAGAGAGAAUCAUUAUACGACCUUGACGGAAGAAACUAAGGUCAGUGAGAUACUAGGCAAAAAAAAA